AUGAUGCCUGUUGCGGGCGGUAGCGCUACAAGCGCAGCGGUCAACGGCCCUACUAAGCAGUAUGGAAUCACUCCGCCAGUCUCCUCUGCUGGGCCGACACCAAAAGAGGUUGAGAUGACGAGGCUGCUGAUCGAAGAAAUGCAUAAGCAGGGAUGUUACGAGAGCAAAGAGGAAGGCAAGCUCAGGCAAGUGCUCCAGGAUAUGGGUGUUUGAUGAUGCCUUGCUGCAUCGCUGACGACAGGCACGCACCUCCAACUAUUCGAUCCGUCGGCAGGGAAGUCGUUCUUGGCAAGAUUUCGGGCAUGGUGAAGGACUUCGUGUACCGUGCAAGCAUUGCUCGCGGCUUUAGUGAGAGCGCCGCUCAGGCUGCUGGUGGCAAGGUGUUCGCUUUCGGCUCUUAUCGGUGCGUAAAGGGAAGAACAUUGCGGGUUGCGAUCGUCCGCAAACACUCGGCGAGGUCCCUCACUCCACCGCCUUGUCCCAUGCCAAUAUCAGUCUCGGUGUGCACGGUCCAGGAGCAGAUGUGGACACUCUUUGCGUCGUGCCAAAGCACGUACAAAGAGAAGACUUCUUUGGCGUCUUUGAGCAAAUGCUACGAGCUAGAGAAGAGGUGACGGAGGUGUCGCCUGUGCCCGAAGCCUUUGUCCCUAUCAUCGGCUGCAAAUUUUCCGGCAUCUCCAUCGACUUUUUGUUUGGUCGCCUUGCGCUUCCCAAGAUCGAGGACAGCUUGUCUUUGCAGGAUGAUAAUCUUCUCAGAAAUCUAGACGAGCGCGAUGUCCGCAGCUUGGGUGGUGAGUUCACUUACAACCCACACGCCUCUCUUUCGCUUUUCGAGCUCACGACUGGCGUACCCGAUGCUGGAUGACGCAGGCUCACGAGUCACGGAUGAAAUUUUGCGGCUUGUUCCCAAUGUCCAAGUGUUUCGCGAUGCGUUGCGCUGCAUCAAAUUGUGGGCACAACGUAAGUCUUCAGCUAGUCUGGUAUCGUCUCAAGGCUCGACUUUGUCUGAAUACCGCCCGCCAAAACACUGCAGGUCGAGCCAUCUAUUCUAACGUCAUGGGCUUUCCGGGUGGUGUAGCAUGGGCAAUGCUCGUCGCGCGCGUUUGUCAGCUCUACCCCAAUGCCGCCGCAAGCCUCAUUGUCAGCCGCUUCUACAUGCUCAUGGCUCAGUGGAAGUGGCCGCAGCCCGUGGUCCUCAAAGACAUUGAGGAUGGGCCUUUGCAAGUGCGCGUGUGGAAUCCCAAAGUGCGUGCAAGUGCCCGAGAGAAAGUGACGCGGCAGUCAAGCUCACAUCCGUGCCUUUGCCUCGGAAGCUAUAUCCGUCAGAUCGAUUGCAUCGCAUGCCUAUCAUCACCCCUGCUUAUCCCUCCAUGUGUGCCACCCACAACAUCAGCAUUUCCACUCAGAAAAUCAUCACAGCCGAGUUCAAGCGCGGGGCGGAAGUGGCGCAGCGGAUCAUGGACCAGCAGAGUACGUGGACCGAGCUUUUUGCGCAUCACGACUACUUUUCGCAGUACCGCAAUUAUCUGCAAGUGAUCGCCUCUAGCGGCUCAGCUGAUCUGCAACUCAAGUGGGCAGGUACCGUGGAAAGUAGAAUCAGAGGCUUGGUGAUGAAGCUUGAGCAGGUCACGAUGCUUCAGCUUGCACAUCCUUUCGUCAAGGGCUUCAACCAAGUAUCGCAGUGUCUCAACGAUGACGAGGUGCGACUUGUUGCCACUGGAGACAUUCCGAAAGAGGUUGCGGAGCGAACGAAAAAGGAAGAGCUUCCUGCCGGAGGCGACAAGGAGGCUCUGCAAAGGAAGGACGAGGAGGCCAAGAAGGCGGAAGCUGAAGGUCAGGGCAGGACAAUUUGGACCACAACAUUCUACAUCGGCCUUCAGGUCAACAAAGGUGUGUCUCCCCGUGUUACAUUGCCCCUCGCAUUUUGACUCAUCCAGCCGCUCUCGACUUGCCACAGCACCGCCCACCGGUGGGGUCAAGCAAAGACUAGAUAUUUCAUGGCCCACAACAGAAUUCACAUCGAAAGUCAAACAGUGGGAGCAGUACGACGAGUCUUGUAUGGGAAUCAGUGUUCGGCAUAUCAAGAGGUGCGUGGGCCCUCGCUGCACCUCUCAUAGAGAUUUGGUAGUUGCUGAUCGCCGUCAUGUCGUUCACUCCAAGCUCCGAGUUGCCCGCAUCGGUCUUUGGCGCACAGGGAAAACCCGUAGCCAAAGCGUCCAAGAGCAAAGGGAACAAGGUGCGUCUUGAAAAGCUCAGCGCCACUUUUGCCCGGCCAGCUGCACUCACUUGUCGUUCUUCUCUUCUCGGCGCGCCCUGACUCGCGCCUUGCACUCGACAUUGACUUUUUGUCGGUCGCCACAGAACAAGACUCGCGCGAGGGAAGGCUCUGCCGAGGCGCCAAACGCAGACGCCCCAACGAAGAAGCGACGGUCGGUCAAGGGCAGAAGUCCAUGAUGGCAACAUGUGUUGUUAUCGCGCAUCCAGCUGAGCAUCACAUUUGGUCCCUGCUUUCCUAUACAGUGCGACCGAAGAAGGUUCCUUGAACACUCCCAUAGAUGCACAGCAGACCUCUGCGACCGACGUUCCCGCUGCAGAACUUCAAGCCCUCAACAAGGCUCUGAACGCUGGCGCUUGA